AUGGUCUCCCCUUGUCUUGGAUUGUUAAAGCUGAAUGUUGAUGGCAGUUGCAUUGGUGAUGUGGGAAGUGUUAGUGCUGGGAGGGUUAUCAGAAAUUCUAAUGGGAUCAUCUUCGAUGCAAGCGAACUCAAUCCCAAAUUUUACAUCAUAGUCUUAUCUUCUUAUUCGGCAUAUGGUAAAUACACUCCUCAGAACAGAUGGAUUGAGGAGGAGCUACCAAAGGUUAACAGAAGUGAGACCCCAUGGUUGAUUGUUUUAAUGCAUUCACCAUGGUAUAAUAGCUACACCACUCACUAUAUGGAAGGAGAAACCAUGAGAGUGAUGUAUGAGCCAUUGUUUGUGAAGUACAAGGUUGACGUGGUAUUUGCUGGUCAUGUCCAUGCCUAUGAACGAUCUCAUCGUAUAUCCAAUGUUGCAUACAACAUCGUAAAUGGUAUUUGCAUUCCCGUGAAAAAUCAUUCCGCACCGGUCUACAUUACCAUUGGUGAUGGAGGAAAUAUUGAGGGCUUAGCAACCAAUAUGACAGAACCACAGCCAGCUUGCUCAUCUUUUAGAGAGGCCAGUUUUGGCCAUGCUACUUUCAACAUCGAGAACCGAACCCAUGCUUACUAUGGUUGGCACCGGAAUCAAGAUGGAUAUGCAGUAACAGCUGAUCCUAUGUGGUUUUUUAACAGAUAUUAUCAUCCUGAUGAUGAUUCUACAAGUGCCCAACACAACUAG